AUGUCGGCUUUCCUUGAGUAUUUUCAGAAUGAGGAAAGUUUCGUUCAAAGUCUAAUUGACGGUUGUCUGGAGGAAAGAACAGUCAGUAAAGUUUGCGAGGUUUUGAUUAAAGCUGAAAUAUAUCUCUGCUUUCUUUACUGGCAAGAUUACGCUAUGAUUGACAUCAUUUACGAAACAGCAAUAAAGGCAGCCAAUGAUCGCAAUUGGCUUAACUCUGUCCACAAACGACUGCUUCUGUCGAAAACGUAUGGGAGCUUGGUUAUGGGCGCAACUGAAGAGACGAAGAGGCUGCUGUCGGUGAAUAAGCAAGUUCAGUUGUCUACUGCCAUCCAAGACACAGAAUUGCAAGGAGAAUUCUUGACUUACCAAGGAUUGUACAAAAUGUUUAUCGGGAGAGUUGAAGAAGGAGUGAGACAUUUAGAAGAAGCGCCUUCGUUAAUGGAGACAACUCCAAAGCAUAGAACCCUAAAGCUCAUUAUUCUCCAAGUUCUUGCUCUUUAUCAAAGUUCCAAAAGGAACCCCGUUAAAGUCACUUGACCUUUACAAAAGAGCAGUAGAUGAAUGCGAAGCAAUGGGAAACACGGGCUUAGUAGUAAUUCCGGAGAUCGAUGAAACCAGGAGAGAAGAAGACAGGAUACAUCUAAACGAGACCAGACUGACCCAUAACCAGGCACUUCAAACGGAAGUUGUCAUUCUGGUGAGUCAAGCAGUAAAGAACAUCUCCACUGAUACAACCAGCCAAUUCUUUAGUAAUUUACUGCUGCAAAUACUGACGGAAUCUGACUCUGCCAUACCAACUGGUGCAACUGGUCGGUUCCAUUUUAAUUUAUCUGGAGUAAGACUGCUCAUUAAAUUAAAAAAGAACAAGAACCGUGUAAUUCAAAUCGGAGAUAUAGUGAAUUUUCAUCCCGAAAAAAUACCAAAAAAGUUGAGAAAAACAUCAGUGCAACUUCCUCAAAUAACAGCGAACGCACGAAAGCCAACCACGUAGAAGCCUUAGAAUCAGAAAAGAGUGCACUGGAUAUCAGGUUAAAAGUCCUGGGGGAAGAACAUUUACAAACCGCUUCCAGCUAUCAUUCAUUAGCAGCUACACAAUAUUCACUUGGAGACUUUGUGUCAGCCCCUGAGUCAGACAAGCGUGCACUGAAUAUCAGGUUAAAGGUUUUGGGUAAAGAACAUCUACAAACCGCUCACAGGUAUCAUGAAUUAAGACUUACUCAACAUUCCCUUGGAGACUUUGUGUCAGCCCUUGAGUCAAACAAGUGUGCACUGAAUAUCAGGUUAAAAUUCCUGGGUAAAGAACAUUUACAAACCGCUGACAGCUACCAUUCAUUAGCAGCUACUCAACAUUCACUUGGAGACUUUGUGUCAGCCCUUGCGUCUGCCAAGCGUGCACUGAAUAUCAGGUUAAAAAUCCUUGGCGAAGAACAUUCACAAACCGCUGACAGCUAUCAUUCAUUAGGAGUUACUCAACAUUCACUUGGAGACUUUGUGUCAGCCCUUGAGUCAAACAAGCGUGCACUGAAUAUCAGGUUAAAAGUCCUGGGUGAAGAACAUUCGCAAGCCGCUGCCAGCUAUCAUUCAUUAGGAGCUACUCAACAUUCACUUGGAGACUUUGUGUCAGCCCUUGAGUCAAACAAGCGUGCACUGAAUAUCAGCUUAGAGGUUCUGGGUGAAGAACAUUCGCAAACCGCUGACAGCUACCAUUCAUUAGGAGCUACUCAACAUUCACUUGGAGACUUUGUGUCAGCCCUUGAGUCAAAGAAGCGUGCACUGAAUAUCCGGUUGAAAGUCCUAGGUGAAGAACAUUCACAAACCGCUCACAGCUAUCAUUCAUUAGGAGCUUCUCAACUUUCACUUGGAGACUUUGUGUCAGCCCUUGAGUCAGACAAGCGUGCAUUGAAUAUCAGUUUAAAAGUCCUGGGUGAAAAACACUCACAAACCGCUGACAGCUAUUAUUCAUUAGGAAUUACUCAACAUUUACUUGGAGACUUUGUGUCAGCCCUUGAGUCAAACAAGCGUACAUUGAAUAUCAGGUUAAAAGUCCUGGAUGAAGAACAUUCAGAAACCGCUGACAGCUAUUAUUCAUCAGGAGCUACUCAACGUUCACUUGGAGACUUUGUGUCAGCCCUUGAGUCAGACAAGGGUGCACUGAAUAUCAGGUCAAGAGUCCUUGGUGAAGAACAUUCACAAACCGCUCACAGCUAUCAUUCAUUAGGAGCUUCUCAACUUUCACUUGGAGACUUUGUGUCAGCCCUUGAGUCAAAGAAACGUGCACUGAAUAUCAGGUUAAAAGUCCUGGGUGAAGAACAUUCACAAACCGCUGACAGCUGUCAUUCAUUAGGAGUUACUCAAUGCAACAUUCGCUUGGAGACUUUGUGUCAGCCCUUGAGUCAGACAAGCGUGCACUGAAUAUCAGCUUAAAAGUCCUGGGUGAAGAACAUUCAGAAACCGCUGACAGCUGUCAUUCAUUAGGAGCUACUCAACAUUCACUUGGAGACUUUGUGUCAGCCCUUGAGUCAAAGAAGCGUGCACUGAAUAUCAGGUUAAAAGUCCUGGGUGAAGAACAUUCAGAAACCGCUGACAGCUAUCAUUCAUUAGGAGUUACUCAACAUUCACUUGGGGACUUUGUGUCAGCCCUUGAGUCAAACAAGCGUGCACUGAAUAUCAGCUUAAAAGUCCUGGGUGAAGAACAUUCGCAAGCCGCUGCCAGCUAUCAUUCAUUAGGAGCUACUCAACAUUCACUUGGAGACUUUGUGUCAGCCCUUGAGUCAAACAAGCGUGCACUGAAUAUCAGCUUAGAGGUUCUGGGUGAAGAACAUUCGCAAACCGCUGACAGCUACCAUUCAUUAGGAGCUACUCAACAUUCACUUGGAGACUUUGUGUCAGCCCUUGAGUCAGACAAGCGUGCAUUGAAUAUCAGUUUAAAAGUCCUGGGUGAAAAACAUUCACAAACCGCUGACAGCUAUUAUUCAUUAGGAAUUACUCAACAUUUACUUGGAGACUUUGUGUCAGCCCUUGAGUCAAACAAGCGUACAUUGAAUAUCAGGUUAAAAGUCCUGGAUGAAGAACAUUCAGAAACCGCUGACAGCUAUUAUUCAUCAGGAGCUACUCAACGUUCACUUGGAGACUUUGUGUCAGCCCUUGAGUCAGACAAGGGUGUACUGAAUAUCAGGUCAAGAGUCCUUGGUGAAGAACAUUCACAAACCGCUCACAGCUAUCAUUCAUUAGGAGCUUCUCAACUUUCACUUGGAGACUUUGUGUCAGCCCUUGAGUCAAAGAAACGUGCACUGAAUAUCAGGUUAAAAGUCCUGGGUGAAGAACAUUCACAAACCGCUGACAGCUGUCAUUCAUUAGGAGUUACUCAAUGCAACAUUCGCUUGGAGACUUUGUGUCAGCCCUUGAGUCAGACAAGCGUGCACUGA